AGCAUAAUAACUAGACUAUUGAGGCAUGGUGCUGCACCAUGCUAAAACAAGCUAGGGAAAACACUAGCUAAUCAAUUUCAAUCAACCAGAAAUAAUCGCUUAUUAGUCGCUAAUAAAAAAAUUUGAAAACCCCGAUGUUCCCUGGUAUUUUUGUUUAAUAUUAGAUAUACAUGCAGGGGUGCAGAAAGUACUCGCCCGCUUGCCAAAUGUGAGUAAAAUUCGGACGGACAAGUUAAAAAAUGCAACUACUCGUCUGGCGGACGGUCUAUUUUGAUUUUGACGAUUGUAAACAUUUUUUUUUCCCCAUCAAAUCCACGACUCCGUGUCAGAAUCCAAACAAUUGAAACAAACUGUACAGAAUUAUGACAAAAUACACAACAAUACGAUUUGGAGUUCUGAACUGCAAGUGCGACAUUCCGAAAACAAAGUCAGUCAACGGCUUGUUUAGUUGGAACUGAAUGCCUAAAAUGCCAAGGGUGUCUAAGGCAGCAUUAGCCAAAGUGGUUACUGCAGCUGUCAAGCGAAAAGCUCCUGCAAAACACAAGUUGGCAGAGGAAUUCCCAUCAGGUGAAAUUCUUUUUGACGUUGCUAAAGGUCAAUGGAAACUGGGACCUGUUAUUGGGAAAGGAGGAUUUGGACUCAUUUAUCUUGCAACUGAUGACUUGCGAGCACCAGUAGACAAACAUGCCCAAUAUGUUGUUAAAAUAGAACCGAUUGACAAUGGUCCCUUGUUUUGCGAACUACAUUUUUAUCAGAGGGCUGCAAAAAUUGAAAUGAUUGACUCGUGGGUUCAAGAGAGGAGACUGAGGUACCUGGGUGUACCCAAGUACAUUGGUACAGGAAGACAUGAAAAGAAUGGGCGGACAUACCGCUUCAUGGUAAUACAGAGAUUCAGUACAGACCUGCAGAAGUUGUUUGUCAAGUCACAGACGUUCCUUCCUCGCACCGUCAUGGCUCUUGGUUUAAGAAUGAUUGAUGCUUUGGAAUAUCUUCAUGAGAAUGAAUACAUCCAUGCUGAUAUCAAAGCUGCCAACAUGUUGCUUGGAUACAAGGGAGCAAAGAUAGCUCAAGACGAGGUUUACCUUGUUGACUAUGGCCUGGCAUUUCGUUACUCGGUGGAUGGAAAACACAAAGAAUACAAGGAAGAUCCUCGGAAGGCUCAUGAUGGAACGAUUGAAUUCACCAGCCGAGACGCACACAAAGGAGUCUGUCCCUCUCGCCGUGGGGAUUUUGAGAUCCUCGGAUACUGCAUGUUGCAGUGGCUUUGUGGCCGCUUGCCAUGGGAAGAUAACCUGUCAGAUCCAGACUAUGUCAGAGAUUCCAAAAUAAAAUAUAUGCGAAACAUUCCAUCACUGUUAAAAGCUUGUUUUCCCGGAAGAGAUCAUCCAGAUGCCAUCAGCUCGUACCUGAGUUUGGUUGUUAAACUAGACUAUGAUGAGAAGCCUGACUACAAACAGUUAAGAAAGAUCCUGCUUGAUGGUUUGCAUAAGAUGGGCUGUAAAGAUGAGUGGAAGUUGCAUUUACCACCUUCAGGGACCAUAUCGACCACACCCAUCAUAACAAAGGUGCAAAGAAAGAGAAAAUCUCCACUUCCACAAGAUGACUCAGGAGAACCAAGUUUUGUUCCACCAAAACAAAGGAAGACCACAAGUAAAGUUGUGCGGUCUCCGGUACCUGCUGUCAUGACAUCUCCCAGGAGGAGAAAGGUUGCUUCUCCAGGUAAAACAAAACCGCCAAAGACAUUGAGUAAUGGACAAAUUGACCUAAGUUCUGUUUCAUGGGCAGCUCGGUCACCAAGUGCAGACGUGAAAAAGACAAAAAGUGCAACAGGCCCAAAGAGAACACCAACAAAACGUCGAGUGAAGCGAUCAAGGAAGCCAGAAAUGGAUGCAGCAAUUCAAACGACUCCUGGUUUGAAACGCAACCGAUGACACCGGAAGAUGCUCAUCAGUAACAGAAUUGCGUGUAAAAAGACAGAAAGAGAAUCACUAGAAACAUCAGAGCUUGAAAUUAUACUUCCCACUAUGACAUUUUGCACAUGUGUUUAUAGCUACUAGUUUAAUAUUUUCCCUCAUUACAUGAGAACCAAACAGUAAACAUUUUUUUAAAUGUAUUUCAAAGAAAGGUACACCAGGUAAUUUAUAUUUCUAAUCAAAGUAUUGGGGUUUUUUGUUAAUUGUAGUUUAAACAAUUAGCUUUUCACCUUCUUUUUUUUUGUUACUAUACUGGCAACUAUCUAAUGUGAUAAACAGUUAUGAAUUAAAAUGUUUGUUUUGUGUAUAUUUGAUGCAUUAUUCCUUUCAGAACUAGUGCUUUAAUGUGUUCCCGGUGUUGCUUAUUAGUCCCAUACCGGUUCAACCGGAUGGGACUACAGGUUUCAUCUCCAUCCUUCUGUCUGUCCGUCUGUCCGACAUAUGUUUCUGGAUGUUUUUUGCAGAAGGCUUUGAGAUAUUGAGCUAAAAUUUUGUGUAUAACUUUAUCAUGUACUGUUACAGAUUAAGUUUGACUUUCAUUGCGAUUUAUCCAUUUUUGACAGAAUUAUGGCCCUUGAACUUAAAAGAUAUGAAAUUUUGGUUUCCAGACUUUUUUGCAGAAGGCCUUUAGAUAUUAACCUGGAAUUUUGUGUAUAGCUUUAUCAUGUACUGUUACAGAUGAAGUUUAACUUUCAAUUUACCCAUUUUUGACACAGUUAUGGUCCUUGAACAUUGGAGAUAUGAAAAUUUGUUUCCUGCACGUUUGUGUUGCAAUACUUGAAAAUAUUACGGUGAAAUUUUGCAUAUAGCUUUAUCAUAUACUGUUACUGAUCAAGUUUAACUUUCAUGGUGAUUUACCCACUUUUCACUGAUGUUUGGCCCUUGAAUUUAGGAGAUACAAAAAAGUAUUGGGUCAGGUGUAUUGCUUUAGCAGUACUCUCAAAAUGCUUGUUGUAACAAGUGCAUGUGUGAAACCCCAACAUGGAAUGUAUUAUAAGCAAAACAAAUAUGCUUGUUUUAAAUUUAAACAAUAAUACCGUUUUCAUGUACUGUACAUUAUAAACCUCAUUAUUAUUCAAGAUACUUAUAAAUAAACUAUGUUUGUAAAAUAUAAAUUUAGAGAUGAUUAAUGUUUUUGCAAUGUGCUAGUAACUUGUUAUUUUAUCAUACUUGUAUAAUACACAUUCAAUUCAUCAACUGUGUAAAUAGAUUAGAUGUAAAUAGUUUCGUUUGGUGUUUUCUAGUAUUGAUUCUAAAACUCUAACGUUUGUGGAAUUCAUUGUAUUUGUUUUCAUUUUUACUUUGACUACAUUACUUUAAGGUCUUUAUUCAUGCUUGUGAAAACACCAAAAGCAUAUUUUAUAUGGGCAAGUACAAAGGCAGGUAUGAUAUCUACAUUAGAAUAUUAAAAAAAAAAAAAUUUUGUUUUUUAAAUCGCAUACAUAUCACCAGACAGUUAUUUAUCAUUUAAUAUCUAACUUGUCACUCUUGAGACUGUGCCAUCACUAUGUACAUUCCAGUUAUGCUGCAUUCAUAUGGUGCUCAUGAAUAUCAUGAAUUCAAAUGUUCCAAAUUGUAAACAAGUCUUCAUCAAAUGGAGAGCGCAGGUGAUUUAUAGAUUGCACUGCCACUCCAAUCUCACACACCCCAACUGACAAUUGUGCGAAUGAUUUGUUUGUUGUGCCAUUUUUUCCACGAAUUGUGCAGACUGAGACAGAAAAUCCUACCUCAGUAAGUAAUAUGUUGUUGAGUUGGAUGUGUAAUGGCAUCUUAUUAAAAUAGACAGAUAGACGUAUGUCAGUGAUUUGCCCGUCACCUGGUGAGUCAGUGCCCAUCAUCAGAUCCAUUUUCAUUUUCAACCAGUACUCCAAAGGUCAUAAUCAUGGUAUUUGUUGUCCUGUCUUAUGUAAAUGUAUAUAAAAAACUAAUUUGGUGCUGUGACACAUGGGUAGUCGGAGUUGUGCAUUUCUCUAAACCAAGUGAUUCAGUUAUAUAAAAAGUCGCCUCACAAAUGUUGAUAAUGAAUAAUGAAAGGAUAAUUCAAUAACUGCAGUAAGCUGACAUACUGUUGAACAAAUAUUACUUAAUACGAAGAACAACAGAAAACAAUGAUUAAGACUGGGAAGAAUGUGUUAACUUAUGUUCUAAGUCUGUGUUUUGUUGUUAACAUUGUUACCAACGUAGAGAAUCUCAGUUAACAAAUUUAGUGCUACUAUUAAAAAAACUGAAUAAAAAUAGCUUUUACUGUCCUUUGUUACCAUCAUUAGUUUCACAUCAUGUUCGUUCAGACCUGCUGUAAGCAGAACCUGUACAUGUGUAACAAGUUAACAAGCACCUGUCUGUCUGUCUGUUUAUAGAAGGCAUUUCAAAUAAAUCCAGAACAUAUACAAAUGGCCACCUACCUUUAUAUAUGUAAUGGCAAGUAUCUCAUAGCUGACUCUUUAUAGAUAUGCUUGGCUGUUGUCAGUAAAUAUUAUUUUACUUGUAUGUAUUAAAUCAUGUAUGCUUAGUCUAAUCCAUUUACAUAUGAGGAUAACAGCAUUGUUUUAGAAACUGCUCUGAAGCACGACUCAUUUCACCCAGGUGCAAUAAAAUGUUUUGUAAAAA